AUGACCGUCGCGGUGGAAGCUCCCUCACCGGCAUCCCCGGCUGGAUCCCCAGUUCUUAUGCAUUUCGGACCUGGUGAACCGACGGGCCUGGCCCAGCAAGCCGGCGACCCAUCAGAAGCAGCCCGCCAAGACGCCGGCGCAUUCGCCCUCCAUCAACACUAUGCCUACGAACCCACAAGAAAGAUGCGCGUCAUCACCAUCGGUGCCGGAUUCAGCGGCCUGAUCAUGGCACACAAAUUCCUCCACCGGAUUCCAGACAUGCGAGAGGUGCAACACACGAUAUUCGAGGCAAAUAAAGACAUUGGCGGCACGUGGCUGGUCAACAAUUACCCAGGCCUGAAAUGCGACGUCCCUGCGCAUAUUUACUCUUUCCCGUUCGACCCCAAACCAGAUUGGGAUAGGGUAUAUGCCACCGGCCCCGAGAUACUGUCCUACAUGAAGGAAACGGUUCGCAAAUGGGGCCUGGACAAAGAUCUGCAUUUAAACACCCGAGUGGUUGGCGCCAAAUGGCUUCAGGACAGGGCCCAAUGGCGCGUAACGGUUACUCACGCCGGCGUGGAGCGCGAUGAGUAUUGCGAGGUGCUGAUUUCGGGCCAGGGCGUCCUCACGCACGAAAGCUGGCCCGAGAUCCCCGGCAUGCGCGAUGGCGUUUUUCAAGGCCACGUGGUGCACUCGGCCCGCUGGGACCACGGACUCGACUACUCCAACAAAAGGAUUGCCGUCAUCGGCAACGGCGCCAGCGGCGUGCAAAUCCUGCCCGAGAUGGCGAGCCUGCCGGGAACCACGGUCACCAAUUUUAUCCGCGGGCCGGCGUGGUUCUACCACCGUCCACCACCGUUCGAGCACCUGGGACGCGACCCUGAUGGGCUGAAUCCGCAAUAUACGGAACAGGAAAAAGCCCGCCUGAAAGACCCACAGGAGCAUUUGAAAUAUCGGAAAAGCAUCGUGUCAAAGGCAAACAAGUCCUUUUACGUUGUGCGGAAGGGAGACGCAAACGAGACGGCGAUCAAGGCCGCUGCAGCUCAAAUGGCCGCCAGGCUAGGUCACGAUAAACGCCUAUGUGAAAUGUUGAUUCCGAAAUGGGAGUUUGGGUGCAAAAGGGUUACGCCGGCGCUGGGGUACCUCGAAUGCUUCAGGAAGCCCAACGUCCAUCUAAGCAACAGCGGUAUCGUCAGGGUAUCAGAAAACGCCAUCCACACCGCAGACGGGGAAAUGCACGAGGUCGAUAUCAUCAUCUGCGCAACGGGCUUCGAUGUCUCUUUCUCUCCGCGCUACCCAAUCGUUGGCUUGGAUGAGAAAACAGAUUUGGCUGCAGACUGGCUGGACAGUCCGGAAAGCUACAUGAGCGUCGCCGUUCCCAAUUACCCCAAUUUUUUUAUGCUUAUGGGCCCACGCAACCUGGGCGGCCAGGGUACCCUGAUCCAAUCCCUAGAUUGGAUAGGAAAUUAUAUCGUUAAAUGGGUGAGGAAGAUGGCGACCGAAGAUAUUAAAUACGUGCACCCGAAAGCGGAUAAAACGCGUGCCUUUAUGCUUUAUGGCGAUUCCAUCCACUCGAGCUUGGUUUGGUCCGGCGGUUGCUCCAGCUGGUACAAGCGGGGGACCAAGGACGGCCGCGUCACGGUGUUGUUUGGCGGCGGGAUACACCUUUUCCACAGGCUGUUUAGCGAGAUCCGAGGUAAGGAUUUCGACAUAGUAUACCGUACUCGGAAUCCGUGGAGGUUUUUGGGCAAUGGCUUUUUGGAGUGGGAGUUUAGGGAAGACGCCGACUUGUCUUGGUAUCUCGAGGAGGCGGACGGGGACAAGUGA